AUGUCACUUCCACAGGAAAACAAAUCUCUCAAGUCAGCAGCAGCUGAGAAGGACUCUGACAAGUAUUUAAACCCAAAAAAUCAAAGAAAUUGCACACCUGGAUUUGAGGCACCAUCUGUGCCUGUUCUCCUCAUGAAAAAUAAAGGGCCACCAAGUGAGAAAGAGACAACAGCAGUUUCUGCAGUUGCUCUACAGGAUCAUAUAAUACACAAUCAUCAGCUGCAGGAUCCUUUAACAUUCUAAGUCAAGGACAAGGAAUACCAACAACUUUUACAAAUCCCAUGAAUAAAAGAAAUAGUCAGUGCAAUAGCACAUACUGGACUAAGAAAAAAGAGCACAAAAGAGGAAGAUGCAGAAAAGGAGAAUCUUCUUGACCCCAGUGCUCCACAGCUGACAUUAGGAUGCCUGAAAACCUUUGAAAAAUUUACAGGUAGAAAUUGUCCCAUGUGUAGAAAAGAGCAGGAUCAGACCAGAGUAAUACAUGAUGGGGCAUGCUUAGUUAAAUUGAAUUAAUUAGGUAAAAUUUAAGCUUCCUGGAGGGGAUAUAUUAUUGGAAAAGAGUCUAAAGACUUAAGGGAAGCAGUGCCUCCUAAGGAUAGAAAAUUAAGAAAGCAACUGUUUGAAAAAAUGCUUUGCUAUAUUUGCUUCCUUGGUCUUGUUCCUUGGGGCAAUUCAGCUUCCUUAAACCAGAACUCCUGA